GGUUAUAUGGACAAAUCAAAGACAUACACUGUUGACGAUGAGAGAUCGUCGAAUUACUGAUGAUGUCCGUAUAAUGGUGGUUCGUGAUCAUCCUGGUGAGUGGAACUUACAUAUAAGGGAUGUGGAACCAUCUGAUCAAGGUCAAUUCAACUGUCAAAUUAAUACAGUUCCUGUAAAAAUAAACAAGGUGAAUCUAUUUGUAUUAGUCCAGCCAACACUUAACGCAGAUUUGUCAAGUAGAGAUAAAACUGCAAAAGAGGGGGAUACAAUAAGCCUUGUCUGCAAUGUAAGUGGAACACCGCAUCCUAAUGUGACCUGGUAUCGCAGGUCUAUAAGCGACCAAAAGCAAAAUGAAAGAAUAGGCAUGACUGGAGAGGGCCUGAAUACAUGUCUUCUAUGUUGUGUUCCAGGGAUAGGCAUGACUGGAGAAGUUUUGAUGAUCCGCAACAUUUCCCGUUACUGUAAUGGCCUCUAUGAGUGUGUUGCAGACAACGGGGUAGCUAACGCAGUCAGCCAUGUAAUCAAAGUUACGGUUUUCUUUGCACCAGAGAUUUAUUUACCUACCAAAAGAAUUGGACAAGCAUUAGCAAAAGAGACAAUAUUAGAAUGCAAAAUAACUGCUAUGCCACAAGGUGUUACAAUGUGGAGAAAGAAUGGUACAGAAUUGCAAACGGGAUGGAAGUAUAGAAUAGAUGCUUAUGGUGAUGAUGAAUAUACCAUCACACUAAGCUUGCGUAUAAGACAGAUAGCAAAAGAUGAUUAUGGAGUUUAUACAUGUCAGGCUUCCAAUCGACUUGGACGCGAUGAAAAAAGUAUGGUAUUAUAUGGUAAGUGCAUAUUCAACCAUCAAUUGUUUCCCAGACGAGAACAAAUCUUUGUUUAA